UUCUUUGAGGUUCCAUUCGACUCGAAUAUGAACAGGACAAAAAACAGACCCCUGGUACGAGGACAGAUCAGUCCUCUCCUUGCCGUUUCCUUUGCCAUCUCCUGUGCAGUUCCAGGAAUAGCCCUACUGACCUUUGGAGUAAAUCCUCUUACUGGAGCCCUGGGAGCCUUCAACAUUAUCUUGUACACAUGUUGUUACACCCCACUGAAGAGAAUCAGCAUCAUCAAUACAUGGGUGGGAGCAGUGGUUGGUGCCAUUCCCCCGAUCAUGGGAUGGACAGCAGCAACUGGCAGUCUGGGUCCAGGAGCCUUGCUGCUGGGAGGGAUUCUCUACUCCUGGCAGUUCCCCCAUUUCAAUGCUCUAAGCUGGGGCCUUCGCGAAGAUUACUCCCGAGGUGGCUAUUGCAUGAUGUCUGUCACUCACCCAGCAAUGUGCAGACGGGUAGCUCUGCGUCAUUGCUUUGCCUUAAUUGGACUUUCCUCAUUGGCUCCCAUCAUGGAUGUCACCACAUGGACUUUCCCUGUAAUUUCUUUUCCAGUCAACUUGUAUAUUUCCUACCUGGGCUAUCGUUUCUACAGAGACGCUGACCGUGGCAGCUCCCGGAAAUUGUUUUUUUGCAGUCUCUGGCACUUGCCCGUGCUCCUCACACUCAUGCUGUUAUGCAAGAAACCUUCAUUUGAAAAGGACGAUAAAAAGGAAUCUGUGACUUGAAAGCACAUCUCGUUGAAAAAGCAAUCUAGUUUUUUUAAUAACUAUGGCUUCAGGAAGCCCCCAUUCAGAAUUGUGUAUUUCAGCUAUGGAGUUGGGGGAAGGUUUACAUUUAUAUGUUCAAAGAAAACAUUUUAGGUCUGGUGAACGCAUAGUAUGAUUGCUUCCAAUUAAAUGAUUUCCAUUGGGGCACAUGUGACUUCA